UAUACCGUUAACGUUGAUCGAUCUAUCGAUGUUGUACGUCAGACUGAUCCGACUUUGUCGCUAAUCAAAACAAAACACGAAAAUCGCAUUACAGGUAUUGGACUUAUCCGGGGAACGGGAUAUAGGUGUUUAGUCGUGAACAUCGCCAGCAUAGUGAUUAGUAUGUAAUGAUGUAGACAGGGAAACAGGUGUUAAUUACAGCAUCAGAAUUCUCCAGGAGGACCUAUAUAUACGACAUUUAGAACACGUGCUGUACAGAUAAGUGGGAAGACAUGUCAGUUAUACGUUCCUCAGUGAGGACUCCUCACCCGAAGAUGCCCUGGGGUACGAUCAUAAAGCCAGAGUUUGAGAUGGGGCACCAAAAGAUGACGGGUUACGAGAUAGACCAGACGGUAGAGCGGUUAUACAAAGUACAGCCAAUGAAGGAGAGGGUCUACGAAAGGCCAGGACCCAAACUGCCUUCUGAGGAGGCAGACCAAAUUUUUACAAGGCUAAGCACGCUAACAGAACGGACCCACGUCCCGGAUAGUGAUCGCAGGGUGGUGAAAUCAAUGAACUCUUCUAUGGGUGUUGUCAGUUCGUACGCAUGGAAGGGCUUCAACUGACCGACAUACCCAAACCAAACUGAUCAUCUGCCACGAACAUAAAAAUCAUCUGGAGAGUGCCAUGUCAUCACAUUGACAGCGACGUUAUUCUGGUUUUGCUAUUCAAAACAGUGUGUUCAAGCUGAUUAGCGUUUACUCGUCGUCAAUAGGCAAUAGGCUGCCAGAGAGUGUCUACGUUUAAUUAUUAAGAUUUUGUGCUAAGCUUUUAAUUACUUAAUACGAAUGAAAUUUGUUUACUAAGUGUAUGUACGAUUGCAAUGUCUGCCGACAUAUGAACAUGCAUACUAAUUUACUGCCAAAAAUAUAUGAUUUUCGUACAUAAACAACAGUAAGAUAAGUCCAUUACAGUGGAAUUUGUGGAAUCGGAAAUUUCAUAAAAUCUAUUGUUUGUUGGAUGCAUGUACAACUUGACCGUAAGUUAGGCUGAAGUCAGUUACAGUUGUGUUUCAUUAAGCUGGGACAGAUAAUAAUCCGGAGAAAAUGUUUAUAUAAUUGUGAUCCAAGUAUUAGGACUAAAAUACAUAUUGCGUACAUUUAAAUUUGUGUGCAUUUCUAAUCAAGGUUCACUUGUGCUCAAUGCUUCCAUUGCAAUAUGUAAUUUGUGUGAACCAAAUUGUCUUGGUUCUAUAUGAACUUGAAUGUUAAAUGAAUGUGUUGAAAAAUAAACAGUAGUUGAAUUACCAUGCCAAAUACUGAAUGAAUGAUGAACAUAACAGCAAUGAAAUGAAUAUUUGUAUUUUACG